CAGGCGGCCAAACUCCCAGUCGUUCCAGUCAUUCCAGUCAUUCCAGCGGCCAACUGUGGCCAAUUGCGGCCAACUGCGAUAAGGUUCACCGUUAGACCUAAACCGCAUCUGGUGUGACUUGUCUUUGUCUCUUAUAUUACCUUUCUAGACGUAUCUUUUUACAACAGCAACGCAGGCUGCAGGAAUCUUCCGCCAAAUUUGGCGGAAGGUACCACCGCUUUUGGAGGUACUCCCAUCUUCCCUCGCCAACACAGUUUCUAUUUUGUCAACAAAAACAAACACCACCGCCACCGCGACGAUGGCUGACGGAAACCCUCUCGGUCCUCAGCCAGAUUUCAAUAUCAUUAGUGAUGAGCUCAAGAAAGCACAAAAUCUACCCGCAAUUGCCAACGGUCAACUAAUUCUGGAGGAGCUCCGCGCUAUUCGUCGAGAAAUCGCAAUCGUUCGUCAAGACGUCGCGUACGUUCGUCAAGACGUCGUGAACGUUCGUCAAGACGUCGUGAACGUUCGUCAAGACGUCGUGAACGUUCGUCAAGACAUCACUCAUCUUGAUCAGAAGUUUACUCGACUCAUCAAUGUAUCCAAUCAUAAUAACACAGCUCAAGUUCAGAAUACCUAUCUUACCAGCCAAUCGGAACCUCUUUCCCUCUUCCUCGACCCCUCUACCGGUGCCGCUAUUCCAGAAUUCCCUACUACUUCUAUGGCACUUGAGCAAAUGACCGGACGUCAAAUGAAUACUGUCUUACAACAACUGGGUCUUCAUCCUGCUGAUGGUGCAAGUGUGGCAGCAAAGAAGAAAAUGCUACGCUGUCACAUCGGCUUAAGGGAGGUCGCUGCCCAACGACCUCCAUGAAGAACACAACUCUAGUAACGAGCAGGAGAUGCUUGGGAUGAUAAGUCGCAGGAACAAAUGCAUAAGGGGCACAAAUAAAAACUGUAUUGAUAGAUUCCAAGUAAUGAGUCGGACACCUUGGUAAGAUGGUCAUGCGCCCCAGAAAGAAUAAUAAUAGGCUUAUGACCGCUUCUCUUUCCAAACGAUGUGAUUUGCCGCCACACAGUCUUGUUACCAAUUCUGCUUGUCAAUACCUAACCUUUGUCUGCCCAGUGAGAUGGGGUGGUGUGGUGGUUCAUAUCAGACUCCAUCUGUGGUCAAUCCCACCUCUUGUGACUGGACCAUUGCAUCGAAGCAAGAUAUGUCUCACCGUACAGCUUCAGGACGCAUCCUCAUCUUUACUCCUCCGUAACCGCCCGCCACAA